AUGGAUUGGAAACCGCCGGUUGCUUCGGUGGGCGAGGAGCAGUACACCACAUUUACGGCAACUGUGUUCGUUGUGUCGCGUUCUUUUACAGCUUAUUUCCCCGCAAUCAAUGAAUUUAUGCGUCAAUUUAAUCAACAGGGGUCGGCGUUGUAUCGGAUGAGAAGUUUGGGGUCUAGGUUGCAUUUUGGCUUACGAGCAUCUUGUGACCAAGUGUAUGCUGUUCCAUUUUGGCCCCAUCGAACCAUUUUUGCGGUAGAGGCGGAGAAUGCGUUGAUGCUGUAUCACCCUUGGUGCAACAGGGAGUUGGAGGGUACUUCUGCCACAGCAGAGGUUCAUGUGAGAACACGUGUUCUUUUUUGCAAGGCGGCGUGCUCUUUUGAUGGGCCCAAAGGUCGUAUGCUGACGGAAGCCUCCCUAAUAACACUAUUACCAAGAGUUGUGAAUUCAUCACGCGACGCAAAGCCGCGUGAAGGUCCUGGCAGUAAUGCCUUGGCGUUGGAGAUAGUGCAUGAGGUAACGUAUGGUGUGGGGUUGCAGAAGGAAGCGUUGACCAUAGUGGUCAAGGGACAAGACGUGGGGGAGGUGCCUCAGAUUUACAAAGCCGCAAAUGACACGAAACCUACACCCUGUCUAACUGCUAUGAAACCGUUUGUAAUCUCCCUUGAAGAGGCAUAUCACUUCAGUGCGAUUGUGUGUGCUGUGCUUGCGUCCGCUUCACCGCAACAGUUGUCUGUAGAGGCAUACCUUGGUCGAGAACGAUCGUUAAAGCUGAGUAUCGCGCCAUCUGUGGCGUAUUCUCCGCGUUCCUUCGAUGUGGCAUUCGUAUCCUGGGAGGGCAUAGACUUCACGAUGGAAAAAAACGGGAGCUUUGAGGGACAUACAGUGGCGCUGUCACUCUUGUGCGAUGCCUCGUUGCGAUCGACUGAGCAUCAAGACAUGACAACCCUCUGGGGCAAUCUCCUGGCUGUGAAGAAGACUGCUGCUGCUGUAGAGAUAGUGGGAAGUUGUGAUACGGCAGGAAGUUUAAUAACCCUUAAAAAGACAGUUGAUGCGGGCACUGCCGCGUUAUGCAUUGGUGGGGUUUUCUUGCACCUUACCGAGCAGAGGCUACCGUUGCUCUUUAACCAACUUGUGGACGUAUACAAAUUUCUCUCAUCUGGUUUUCUACCUUUGCCCUUAUCGCCGCGACAAACUGUUAUUGCUGCCCCGGAGAAGACUCAUGCAUCCAUGCUUAUUCACGUUGCAAAGGUUCACCUGGGAUUUGUGUGGUACAGUCGAAUGAACGGCACCUAUGGGGAGCUGCAGUUGGCCCUUCGUGCGGUCACGUGGAGAAGCGAUGGAGCACUAACUCUGGAGAAUGGCGGUCUGCAGCUGAAGUGGUUCGAUGCAGCUCCACCUGGCGAGUCUAUGAGCCCAUGUGAGCUGUUGCUUCGAGAGGCUAGCGAUACUGUCCCGCUGAUUGAAAACGUUUCGCUGUCAACGCAGGCAUCAAGUGUCGAAAGCCUCUGUGUGACGGUUUCACCCAUCCACAUGAAUUUGGCCUUCGACACCUACUUGAACCUUGUUGAGUUAGUAGCUUAUCAUCUGAGAGUGGAACUCAGGAACCCCGUGAGAGGGGCGUCAGAGGAGCAUGCCUCUGUAGCUGCUGCGGGUCAUGGUGCGUUGGCCUGGAACAGCUCAUUCUCAUCCGCGUCGCCUUUGUUUUCGGCUGGGAAUGAGGAUGCCUUCCCAUCCUUCUUUGGCACAGAGUCUGUUCCGCAGGCUGCUUCCACGUCGCCUGCCUGGCAAUAUUCUCUGAAGUUAGCGGAGCUGUCGCUCACGGUUGCUAAGCAGCGGCACGUGCACGGCGCCGGUGACGUCAACUCUAAGCCGUUCUGCUGGUUACGUUUAACCAAUGUCGUCUUUGACCUUUUCCCUAGCAUAGCCUCUUUUGCGUUGCGUGAGGUGAGCCUUUCUUGCGUCCGUGGGACGAGUGCCGUGGCGCUUUCUGGUGUGCAGUUUAGCUCAUCGCGCACUGCUGCCGCAGCUCCUUCACUGCCCGAGAUGGUGUGUAUUGUGCAGUCGAUGGUCACCAGGCUUUUCACCCCCGAUCUGUGGACGUGUUUUGAUUGCCUCGUCAGGACUCCUGCAGAGGAGCUUGCGGAGCUUUAUUGGGGGAUGACGCAUCCGAGUGGGAGUGAUAUUCUCUGCCGCCCCCCCACCGGCAGCGGUGCCAGUGGCAGGAAGGGCAAUCACCGCAGGCUGGAGGUUGUCACGGUGGAUACGCCUGUCUGGGAACUGAGAAGUGAUCUGGUGCUCAGCCGCAACUGUGGAUCGGUGCUGCAGUUCGCCAGCGUGAAUACCAACAACAUCCACGUGGAGAUGCGAGGCCACGCGAUUACUAUAGAGACACCAAGGAACGCUGAGGCCGCGAUUGUGGUGGUGGUGGAUGCGGGACUUUCCUUAACUUUUUCCGACGGCCGCUUUGUCUUGCCCUCGCUCCCCUCGAGCCACUCCCAGGUGCGUCGUCGGGAGCGUUUAGGUGAGGAGGCGCUGCUGCUGCCGUUUAUGGCGUUGGGCGAGUGCAGCUAUGUCCGAUGUCUUAACGUCAGCUUUGCCGCAACUGAGCGGGAGGAGAGGCAUCAACAUGCGCCGCCGCUUCCGCCGCCGCGGCGGCAGCAACACGAUAGGGCGACUGGGACGGUGCAGUCUCAGCGCUGGAAGGCGCAGGUGGGGAUUCAAUCCGUCAUGCUGCAUGUGGCUUCCAAGAAAGGAGGUGGCGUGAAGGCGACGGUCGCUGUGGAAGCGAGGAUGUUCCUGCGUGGUUGGACGAUCGAGCAGGGCGAGGUUGCCCUUGAGAAUCUCAGUGUUAUCACCCACCCUACAGCCUCGGCCACCAGCGCCAACUCCACUACCGCAACCACCGGCAGCAGCGGCGGCGGCGGCGGCAAUGCGAUGGGCGCAUGCACGACGGAUAAUGUCUUGAUUGCGCCAGUCUCUCUGCAUCUUUGCAUCUCGGAAGGGCGUCAAUUUGCGUUUGUCAUGGGGCGUAUUGUUGCGGAUGCAAUGGUGAGUGAUGUGCUGCUGCUGAGCACGAUGACGCAUGAGCUUGUUCUUUUUGCGCGGCAUGCCAUCUCGUCCCGGUAUUCGCCGAUGGAGCAGGCGUACAACUUGGAGAUUGAGCGCGUCUUGGGGUGGAAAUUGAUGGGGCUCCGUGGAGGCAGCCAGGAGGACGGCGGCGCUCGCCACAGGGACGAGUCCCAGAGUGAUGAGCCCCCCCACGCGGUGCCUGCGCUUGCCCUGGCCGCGUUUUUUCCCUUCAUGGAGCUGACACUGAGCAAUGUCAAGUACCCACUGCUACAGCUGGCACUGUCAGACGUGGUGUGGAAGGAGAACGUGUUUCGCACGAAUCGAACAACCCUGCUGCAGAGCCAGCAUCUGUUUCUGCGGGUGUAUGGGAAGGGCCGCUGGGACACGGUCAUCCCACCGAGGGCCGUGAUAUCGCUUGAGGCGGUUCGCUCUUGGUCAAGGCGAACGCGUACGGAGCAGGUCGAGCUUCGGUGUGAGGGCUUCGUGUUGCAUGUCUCACACCUGCUGCUAUCCAAGCUGCUACACAUUCGUCGUGAGUGGUUGGAGCUGUAUGCCACCAUGCUUGAGCACUCACACCGGGCGGGGGAACCGCCAUCGCCGCUAAGCUCCGCUAGCGUGCCUAACCCCGAUACCACCGCCACACAUCGCUUUAUAAACGUGUUUGAUGAUGUUUUUUACCUCUUCGUAGGAAAAGACCUGGAACAUGGGGAGAUUGUGCCACUGCCCUCUUGCACCGCGGUGGACCUCACCUUGCCGUUUAAUAGGGCCGACGACGUCCGACUUUACCUAUACCCUCGGCACUGCGUUGAACUGGACGAGCACGGGCGGCACGUACGGAACAGUGAGGGGCUGCGUAGAGACAUGCAAUACUGCCACGUUGUGGCAAGCCAGCUGCAGUACGGUCGUGCCUUUGGUCUUGUGAUGGAUGAUUUGCUCGUGGUGAUGUCAUGUAUAGAGACAGACGGGGCGCCGACGGCGGUGACACCGCUCGCGGCCGCCUACGCCGGAGCUUCCCUUUACGGCGACAGCAGUGCGGCGCCUCUGAUCGGGACGAGGAGUGCGGCAGCUCCAGGGUCUGGGUUCACAAACGCGUCGUCAAUGGCCUCUGUUAGGGGAGCAGAUGAGGCGGGUUUGGUCGUUGUCCGCUUUCAUUCCCAGCGAACCCUGUGCAACGGCGUUGGGAUGGUGAUUGAGGUGCGGCAGUACAUCCUGGGCGAUCCCGAGGAGACGCCGGCGAGUGACGACUUCUGGAUCGUGCCCCCAAACGCGGAGUACCCUCUUCUUGGCCUAUGCAGCCGGGUGGAGCUUCGCCUCUCGCUGGAUGGCUGCGUGUAUUGUACCUCGCUCAGCACGCUCUCGCUUGAGAGUGGCGUCGUUUUGACGCUGCAGCCAAUCGGAGACGCGGCGACGCCUCAGGCCUGCCACAGUCGCUUGCCAGUUUGCCUCUUCAUGGCGCUGCAGCGCUUCGCAGCGAGCGGGUCCGCCGUCAUCCACCUCUUGCCCCGCAUGACGGUGCUCAACCACAUUGGGGUCCCUGUGAAGCUGUCGCUCUGGCAGGAGGAAGAAAGCGCGCCGCGGCGCCGCGACGACGGUGUGGGGAGUAUCAUUUAUUACGAUCGUGGCGAACGCGGCAGCAGCUCUGUCGAUGCUGCGACUGCUGCUGCAGCUGGUGAUCAAGCCUCUUUGCUGUGGCCGCGCUGGGGCGGGCGCGAUUCGCGGCGGCGGCGGCGGCUCAUACGCGUCGGCGGCCACGGGGCCCUCCCGCACCGAGGGGCUCUUCCCAUUUGCCAGUGCUCCUACAGCGGCGGACUCUCGCUGCGGCUGAGCUUCACACAAGCAGGUGGGGAGACGUUGCAGACAGGGGAAACCGUGACGGUGUGCAGCUCGCUUAAGCGGAGAGUGGGGCGAGAGCCAUGUCUUGUGCGGCUGCUUGACUCCAGCGGACGCUCCUUCUAUGUGCAGGUGGCUGUGCUGCACCGGACGCUCCUGCUGUCGGUGGGGCACUGGGUGAUCAACCUCACGGAGUACCCCGUCUUGCUCACCGACAGCGCCGUCUCGCGCCGCCUCACGGCAGGGCAGCUGAUGCACACUGGAAUUCCGCCAUCGCAGGGUCUGCCUUUUCUAGUUGGUUCGCGCCCGGCCGAAUUCACGGUGGCUUUCUUAAAGCUUGGCCUGGACGGGGACUGGUCCGGCGCGAUUGAGACGCGGGUUGGGUCCCACGGCGUCGCGGAGUCGCCGCGCUGCGUGGUAGGCGGCCUCACGCGAAGCUGCAACUACGUUAUUCAGUUCCCACGGGUGCAGGAAGGGCGACCGGUGGUGCUGCUGCUCACCCCCCGCUGGGUGUUUAUCAACAACGCAAACCGUCGUCUGAAGGUGCACUUCGCGUUUCCCGCCAAGAGAAGGAGCUACUCGUCUAAGCGGCCGUCUGCUGGUGAGCACACGCCUCCGCCACAAACAGCAACAGCAGCAACGGCAACAACAACGACGGAAGCAGGGACACAGCCCCUGUCCUUUCUGACUCUGCGGCCCGGCGAGCACCACUUUAGCUGCCUUGGCACAGCCACGGGGAACGUGGCAUCGUUCCAGGAUACGCUGGAGGAUGCCGCGCCGUCCAUUACCUCCUUCUCCAACGACGCCGUGCGUCACACAAACCUGGCGGAAUUCUAUGAGGUGCAUCGUACGGCCCCCAUCUCCGUGGAUGGCCCUUGCCACGCGACAUUCAACCUGUGGGCCUCCCUGCGGCAACCGGAAGUGGCUCCCAGCGUCGUCUAUGGGGCGCGAACGACGGGCGCGGGGUCGUUCCUGCCACCCCCCCAGCUAUCCGCGGGUGGCUCCCACUUCGGUGAGGAUGUGGCUUUUGUCACGGGACGCAUCAGCGUGACGGUGCAGCACAUUGACAACGUCUUGGCAGUUGUGAUCGACGGCAUUCAUGCAACCAACAUGGUGAUUCAGAACCGGGCGCGCGGUGAGACGCUUGCUGUGCGGCAAAAGGGAAGUCAGCGUCGCACCGUCAUUCCUCCCUGCCAGAACCGUUUUUUUCUCUGGGAGGACUACAGCACGGAUCCGGUGAUUUCGCUUCACGUCAUUGGCCACAAAGGGGCGUGGUUUGAGGUGGACUUCUCCCGAGGCGACUGUCAGGUCCAGCGACGGCACACGUCCGACGCCACCGCAGAGGUGCUUUCCCCGUUUAGCCUUCGUGCGUGCACCAGCGCAAGCAACGCGCAGCAUGUGACAAUUUUGUUUACAGACGAAAGUCUCCCCCCACACGCCUUCUUUGAUGACGCGUGGCACACGAGCGUGGGUCACACGCUCUCGUUUCCCGCGCUGGAGCUGCUGUGGCUCACCGAGGAGCGGCCUGGCAGGGAUAAGCCGCAUGUGUCGCUGAUGCUGCGGGACCUGCAGGUGCAAACCCUCGCCGCAGGCAACACCCACACCAUUUCCGUGAUUCUUAGGCGACUGCAGGUUGUGGACGUGCGCGCGCAGGCGGCUGUUGUGCUUCACCGCGCCAGCCCAGCAACUCCGAAUGCGGCGGAGGCGAUGACGAGUGGGGGGAUUUUAAGCUGGUUCUGGCGCGGGGAGGAGGUGCCUCCGCAGGACUUGCAGGCGGUGUAUGCCGCCAUGAUUUCGGCCAGUGGUGUGACGCGCGUCACGGAGUUGUCAUUUGUCCUUGCUCCUUUUGCCGUGUAUUUGUCAGACCACUUCAUCGUGUCGGUCUGGUACGAGUACCGUGGCCUCCUCUCGCUCUUCGCGGACAGUGGCGGCAAGCAGGCGCUGGCCGCGGCGGCGUUGGCGUCGCCAUGGGUGUCGCGCCACGAAUUUUCUCAGGGUCUGGUGGCGCGGCUGCACGGGCGUGGGAACGGCCCCGGCGGGCCCGCUGCGGGUGCGACGUCCGCCGCUGCCUCCGCCGCAAUCACGACUGCGGCGCACUCCAAGCAGCGCGAGACACACGACGGGCCGGCGUUAUUGUUCGUUGAUCAGGCGCGGUUUUCCAGCCUCACGGUGUUUUUGACCUUCAGCCGCCACAAACCCGAUCCGCUCUGGGGACUCCUGGGGAUUUAUACGCUGAUGAUCCCCAAGCGGCUGCGGCAGAUGGAGGUUUCGUGGAAGGCGCUUGCCGUCGACAAUAGUGCCACGACGUGGGGUCUGCUGCUCGCGCAGGCGCAGCACUGGCUGAUGGAUGGGGCGCUGCGCCAGUGGCCAAAGGUGACGCGCCUGGGGAAAAUUGUCGACAAGUUCAAAGGCGGCUCCCACAGACGUGUGACACUCGCCGACACGCCCCCACCGAUGCUGUCGGACGUCGACAACUUUCGUGCUACUGAUGACGACGAGGAGGACGAGGAGGAUUAG